GUUAUAUAACGACAUGCCCGUAAUAACAAGAACUCUAACAUUGAAGUGCUCUCAUAGAGAGACUGGAUAUGCUAAAGAAGCCGAGGUAUUGGAAGCUAUCUACAACCUAGGCAUCACCGAUAAUGAGAUCGAUGCGAUACAGAUUAACAAAAGAGACAUACAUGUAACAUUCCUAAACAAAGAGGCAAAAACAUCAGCUAGUAUCCUGGGCCUGAAUGUUAAUGGCCAAUCAGUUGAGUUGACUGAAGUUGAAAGCAAUGCUACAAAUAUAACUCUUAAAGAUGUACCCGUACAAGUAUCUGACCAAGUUGUCAAUGCAUUUCUUUCUGGCUACGCAACAGUGGUUAAUGAGAUCAGCCACGGCUAUGUGAGGAAGGCUGAUGGCACCAAAACUAAGAUCAGGAAUGGUAUCAGAUAUAUUGGUGUAGUGGACAUCAAAGAACCAAUACCCAGUGAACCAAUUAUUGCCGGUUUUAGAUGUAGACUAUCUUACAAAGGCCAACCCUGCAACAUCUGUCAGUUGGCAGACCACCCAUGGUGGAGAUGCCCCCUUAAGAGGGCUAGGAAGUGCUACAAAUGCGGCGGAACAGAUCAUAUUAUAUCAGCCUGUACAGCAGAUGCAGAUUCGGGUCCGAAGACUACAACUGCAAUCACUCCCCCAGAAAACGAAAAAGAAACAGAAUCUGUAAAGCGGAACCCAGAUACAAUCAUUGCAGGCGGCUCCAUUGCUAAAGGGCUUAGCCUUAUUAUGAAGACAGCUAUCCCUGCAUGCACAAGUGGGGCAAAAAUAGAAAAUGUACCUGGAUUACUCCAGAAAAUAUCAAACCCAAGUGAAGAUAUAAAACAAGUGAUUAUUCAAGCUGGAGCCAACAAUCUUGUCUACAGUAAUGAUGCGCCAGAAGUGUGCCUUGAAAAUUAAAAAAAAAGAAAAAAAAAAAAAAAAAAAAA